AUGCAGCAUGGAGGAAGGGGGUUUCGCGAUGACAACAAGCGGCAUAAGAAAGGCGAUAUGGGAAGAGGAGAGUACUUCGCGAGCCAACCAGACAAACGGAAGCGCAACGAAGACGCGAACGCAAAACGCGAGCGUGCGGGUAAUGUUGCAGGGCAAGGGAUCCAGUAUUCAAAGGAGGAGAUUGAAGCGGAAGAACGGCGCCCGAAACGUAAAGUGGCUGUUCUAAUUGGCUAUUCCGGGACGGGUUACAAAGGCAUGCAGAUCUCUGGAACCGAGCGAACAAUCGAAGGAGACCUUUUCCAAGCCUUCAUUCGAGCCGGCGCCAUCAGCAAGGCAAAUGCCGAAGACCCGAAGAAGAGCAGCCUGGUCCGAUGUGCAAGGACGGAUAAAGGAGUUCACGCAGCUGGAAAUAUGAUCAGCUUGAAACUCAUCGUCGAAGACGAGAAUAUUGUUGAGAAGAUCAACGCAGAGUUGAGCCCUCAAAUUCGCGUCUGGGGCAUCGAGCGCACGAUCGGAAGCUUCUCUUGCUAUCAAGCAUGCGACAGUCGCUGGUACGAAUAUCUGAUCCCAUCACAUGCCUUUCUACCCCCCCACCCUUCCAGUUGGUUGGCGAAGCAGCUUGAACAGUUAGCGGAUGAAGCGAAUGAUCGAUCGAGUUACGAAGGCCGACAAAAAGACAUCGAGAACUUCUGGGAGGGAAUAGAGGCAUCCGAGAUCAAGCCGAUCCUUCAAUCUAUCGAUGAAGAUAUCAGAUGGGAAGUGGUGAAGGCACUACAGGGCGAAGAAGAAGCGAGUGCCAAAGCGGAGAAGAAUGACGAGGAGCCCGGAGCUAAACUUGCCAAGACUGAGGUCAAUGCAACCAAGGUCAACCAACCCGACGCUGAUCAACCAGCAGAGCACCACUCGUUAUCGGAUGCUGAAAUGGAGCGCGUGCUCCGCCUCAGAGCAGCGACAAAGCGACUGCGGAAUGCAUACGUUGAUGCCAAACGUCGAUAUCGCAUUCCUUCUUCUCGAAUUGACCGCAUUCAGGCGGCUCUAGACAAAUACGUUGGCACCAAGAACUACCACAAUUACACCAUCCAGAAGACGUUCAAGGACCCGAGUUCGAUGCGUCACAUCAAAUCUUUCGUCGUAAACAAGAAGCCAAUCCUCAUUGGCGAAGGCCCUGACGAGUCGAAAUCAGAAUGGUUGAGCCUCAAGGUGCAUGGGCAAAGCUUUAUGAUGCACCAGAUCCGCAAGAUGGUCGGUAUGAUCACACUCAUGGUUCGCAGCGGCGCAGAUCUAAAGACUAUGGACGAGAGCUUCACCGAAACCCGAUUCUCAAUUCCAAAAGUGCCAGGCCUUGGCUUACUACUGGAGAGACCUGUGUUUGACUCGUACAACAACUUACAGGCUGCCAAGCAUGGGAGAGAAGCCUUACGCUUUGAUAAAUACGAAGAAAAGCUGGAAGCCUUUAAAGAAAGCGAGAUCUACCAGCGAAUAUUCAGGGAAGAAGAAGAGAGAAAUGAAUUUGGACGAUUCUUCAACCAUAUCGAUAACUUCAAAGAGCCUUGGUUCUUGUACGUCUCCAGCAUGGGACUCAAAGCCAUGAAAGGUUAUGAGAGGAGCCCCAUCGCCGAGGUCGAUGGAAGUGAUGGGGAACAGGACGAUAAUUAG